UCACAACAACCUCAAACUGUUGGAGUCAGGCGAUCCUCUUGCCUCAGCCUGCCAGCCAAAAUGAAGUUCAAUCCCUUUGUGACUUCGGACCGAAGCAAGAACCGCAAAAGGCAUUUCAAUGCACCUUCCCACAUUCGCAGGAAGAUUAUGUCUUCCCCUCUUUCCAAAGAGCUGAGACAGAAGUACAAUGUUCGAUCCAUGCCCAUCCGAAAGGAUGAUGAAGUUCAGGUUGUCCGGGGGCAUUAUAAAGGUCAGCAGAUUGGCAAAGUAGUCCAGGUUUACAGGAAGAAAUAUGUCAUCUACAUUGAGCGGGUGCAGCGGGAAAAGGCUAAUGGCACAACUGUCUACGUGGGCAUUCACCCCAGCAAGGUGGUCAUUACUAGGCUUAAACUGGACAAAGACCGCAAAAAGAUCCUUGAACGAAAAGCCAAAUCUCGCCAAGUAGGAAAGGAAAAGGGCAAGUACAAGGAAGAAACAAUCGAGAAGAUGCAGGAAUAAAAUAAUCUUAUAUGCAACUUUCAUUAAACACU